CUUGCUUUUCCAAAUGUCCAUCAUCACUGCUAUCAACACUAUUACCAUCUUUGCCAUCCACCUGGAUCCUGACUGAUCUUUAUGCCCGACACUCUAUCCUUUGUAAUCCUUCAUACCGAUCCCUGACCCUUACAGUCGUCGAUCUCUUCGACGUCAAGAGUAACAAAGAAAUCUCACUCGAGGAGAUCUUGGAUGGGCUGCGAUACGUCAUGGAGUACCGCAUCAAGGGCGGCCGCUUUCCCAGUCUCGACUACGACAUUAUGAAGCGCCUCGCUGAUGGUCUUUUGCUGAACAUGGGCCACUAUGCAAAAAAGGGCCGUUUCCAUCAAUCAUUGUCGGAAGAGGCCGAUGUUGCCUUUCAACUCUUUGGAGAGUUCCUCCUAGAAGUCCAAGAGUUUCGUCAGGCUGUGGGAGAGAAGCCGGUGUCGGAUCUGCGUCAUUCCCUUAAACUGGACGUCCGCUGCGGCUCUGGGUCUACAGAACAGGAGCAACAGUCCGCGGUAGCACUGAUCGCUCUCUUGACAACCAUCUACCCCCAAUUCUCAGACUGGAGAGAGUUGGUCAAGAGCGAGAGCCAAGCGAGCGUGCAAAAAUGCAUGCGAGAGCAUGCCGAUUUCGUCAAGGCCGAGAAGAUGCCUGAGAUGCCUGGCGUCAUUCUCGCGCCUCAAGCCCUUUGCUUCGAUCGUAGGAUAAAGCGAUGCCUGAAAAUGUUCCGAACUUCGCUCGACACUGGACUGCCGUCGGAGGUUAUACUCACCUUACGUGAGCAUUAUGGACGAAAUGUUCUACCGCAACCCCCCACCACCUCCGUCUUCAAGAUGAUCUGGACGCAAUUCACGGACUUCAUGAUCCUUCUUCUUCUUGCGGUCGCCGUCUUGAUGGCAGCCACAAAGGACUUUAUCCCAAUGGCCGUCCUCUUGAUCGUCGUAAUACUUAACGCCAUCAUUGGAUUCACGCAGGAGUACAAGGCUGGCAAGGCUCUUGACGCACUGACCAAGCUCUCUGUCCCCAAGGCGCAAGUGCUCCGUGAUGGAGCGACAUCGAUCGUUGAUUCUGAGGAACUUGUUCCAGGAGAUAUCGUCAUUCUGGAAGAAGGAGAAUCUGUCCCCGCAGAUCUGCGACUUGCCGAGGUCUCUCAGCUCGAGAUCAUCGAAUCUAUCCUUACAGGAGAGUCCGUUGCCGUAAACAAGGAUCCCAGGGAAAUUAGGACCCUUACUCGUAAACUCCCCUUGGGUGAUUGCAAAGGAAACGCAUUCAUGUCCACUGUUGUCGCCAAAGGUCGCGGCAAGGGCAUCGUCGUCCGAACAGGCCGUCAGACGGAGAUGGGAAGGAUCAGUGCCGCCAUCACUGGUCAAGGUAAAAUGCUGACACCUGUUCAGCGCAAACUCGCCAUGCUUGGCAAAUUGCUGGUCGUCUUUGCCAUUGUUCUUUGUGCUGUCAUGGCAGGUGUCAGAAUCGCGUAUCAUCCUCAUGAGGUCGGAGAGUCGCUGAAACUUGCGUUGAGCUUGGCUGUCUCCGUCAUUCCGGAGGGUUUGGUAGCCGUUGUCACCGUUACCAUGGCCUUAGGAGUUCGUCGCAUGGCUGCCAGGAAAGCUAUUGUUCGCACUCUUCCAGCGGUGGAAACUUUGGGCAGCGUCACCUUCAUCUGUUCUGACAAGACAGGUACACUUACCGAGGGCAAGAUGGGCGCGGCGGAACUGUGGACAAGUGAUGGUUCUGCGUAUGGAUUCACGGAAAGCACCAGUCUGGAUCCCAACAAAGGCGAUGUAACUCUCAAGGCAGGCCCCGGAGAGACGCCUCAAGUGUUGGGCAAGACUUUGAACGACGUACCAUCUCAGAUGUUGAUCUCACUCAUGGUCUCCUCACUCUGCAACAACUCAUCCGUGGUGAUGAAAGACGAAAUCGAAGAUGACAACGCUAAGACCAUGGUCAACAUCAACUCUGAAAACAAUAUGGAGCCCGAAGGCGCUGCUCAGUCAGAGGUGGAGUGGAAGGGUAUCGGCGACCCGACAGAGGUAGCCCUGGUUGUCGCCGCACAAAAGGCCGGAUUUCCAAAGGCGUUUUUUCAGGAGCUCGGAUAUACUCGGAUUUAUGAGCAGGCCUUUGACAGUGAACGUAAGGUUAUGAGCGUCGUGUACAAGGCUCCACUAGACAAUGCCGGCGUAGCGGGUGGGCAUUAUGAAUUCGUAUUGGCUAAGGGCGCACCCGAGGAGAUCCUGAACCGUUGUGUUAGCUACCUUCCACCUGUUGCGCCAGGUGCAGUGUCUUCCCCGCUGGAAGUCUUAAGACCAAGUGAUCAUGAUCUGACAAAGCCGGUUACGGAAGAGUUUUACGACCAUGUUUCAGAGGCAUCAGGAAGAAUGGCCGAUGAUGGUCUUCGCGUCCUUGGAUUGGCAUUCAAGAAAGUCAAGGUCAACGGAGGGGGAGCGCCAAGUGAGAGCGUCGGAGACGGACUCGACAAUAUCGACAACGUUAAGAACGUAAAAGAGGCAGCCCCUCCAACACACAAGCUAACAGAAGUCGACCUUAUGACAGCCGCAAACGUUGCAGCACAGGGAGAUGACGAUGACGAGGAGGAAAUCCCUCCGGGCUACUCUGAGAGCGAAUUGGUAUUCCUGGGGCUGAUCGGCUUAAUUGAUCCUGCUCGUGCAGGUGUCAAAGAAAGUGUCCGAAUCUGCAAACAAGCCGGUAUUACAGUGGUCAUGAUCACUGGUGACCAUAUCAAGACUGCAAGUGCGAUCGCGAAAGAGCUGGGUAUCCUUGAGGAUGGUGGACGCGCUAUCAAGGGCGAGGAGCUGGACCUCUUGUCAGAACAGGCGAUUGCAGAACUGAAGCCCUUCCCCAACGUUUUUGCCCGCGUCUCGCCCGAUAACAAAUUGAAGCUGGUUACUGCACUGAAGAGCCGAGGUGACUCUGUUGCCAUGACAGGAGAUGGUGUCAACGAUGCCCCUGCUAUCAAGGCAGCCAACGUCGGAGUGGCCAUGGGUAUCGCUGGAACGGACAUCACGAAACAAGCUGCUGACAUUGUUUUAGCGGACGACAAUUUUAACACCAUCGUCGAGGCCGUCGAGGAGGGCCGUCGUGUGUUCGACAACAUUCUCAAGUUCAUUGUCUAUCUCUUGAGCUGCAAUUGCGCAGAGAUCUUCUUGUUUCUCCUGUGCACCAUUGUCAACGUGCCUCUGCCAUUUACCGUCACUAUGAUUUUGUGGGCGAACAUCAUCGCCGAUGUACCUCCGGCUAUGGCACUCGGAGUUGAGCCUGCAGAACCAGGCCUGAUGAACCGCAAUCCACGCUCCCCCAAGCGUGGCAUUGUCACCCCAACGUCGUUUUUGGUGAUCAUUUUCCAGUCCUUCUCGAUGAUGCUCAUGACGUUUGCUGUCUACAUGUGGGCAGAUAGGUCGGAGGAGCAUCUUAGCUACGCGCACUCGGAGGCGUUCACGUUCUUGACGACUCUACAGCUCUUGCAGGGAUUUCUCUCACGGACUAUGCGUACGUCGCUCUUCAGGACCAACGUCUUCGGAAACAGGUGGAUGGUCUACGGUGUGAUGACCAGUUUCGUGCUAAUGAUCAUUGGUAUCUACACGCCCGGAUUCAACGGGGUCUUGGACUUGGUUCCUGUCUACGGAAAGACGUGGGCCAAGGUUGUGGUUGGCUGCAUCAUAUUGAUCCUUCUGAGCGAAGCGGAAAAGUUUGCUCUGAGACGCGGCAGAUGGACCAUUUAAGCAGCAAUAGGCAUCAACAUAUCUCAACCAUCGCGUGGUCGUGUAUGUGCCAUGUAAAUAGUUCUUUAUCGUUCUACUAACAUCACUAAUAUAAAUCAUAAUAAACAUCAUUUUUAAUACUGUGAGUCUAGACGAACUUUC